UUUGUCAGUUUGUCAAUUUGGUUUGUCAGAGUUAGUCAUUUGGUUAGUCAUCUAAAUUAAAAUUAUGGUGUAAAAAUAUACAAAAACAUACGUAAAAUCCAAAAAAAAAAACAAUGAUCCAACGAAUAAUGCUAUUAAUUUUGUGCACCUUAAACAUCCAUCCGAGACCACAAUGCAGGUUACAUUCGCGAACACAUUUUCGAGAACCACUCCCUAUAAUCAUAAGGAAUGGAAGAUUGUUGGAACCUACGGAUAACUUCGGUGGUGUUGAAUUGAAUUAUGGAGAAACAUUAACUAUAAGCUGCGAGGGAUCGGAGCUCAUACGACAUGCAAACGCAAAUAGGGUUGUUACAACUGCAACUAUAACUUGCGUAGGUGACGAAAUGUUCAGAAAUGAUGAGUGGCUCAAUGCUCCUGCAAGAUUUUCCGCCUUCACUUGUCAGGAGGCACCACGUCACACCAGCAGACGAACUAACAGAACAUGCUUUGAGGGAAACAAAAUCUUCGAAGUUGGUUAUACGGUACAAAACGAAUUCUAUCCAGUGUACGAAUCCUGCUUCGACGAAUCCAGACUCAAUGCCGUCUAUUCUAAAUAUACUCAAAAACCUUACAACGCUUUCUAUCAAACUCGAGUUGAGCGUCCAUUUUUCAUAGCUGAAAAUAUAUAUGGUUUUACGCCAGUGGAAACGUUAUUCUCGCCGCGGGGAUUAAGAGCUUCUGUGGCGCAAUUAGUCGGCACUAUGAUUGAUAACUAUGUCACGAAGACAGAGAGUCUAUCUCGUGGCCACUUGGCAGCUAAAACAGACUUUGUGUUUGCUUUUGGAGAACGAGCGACGUUUCAUUACGUGAAUUGCGCUCCUCAAUGGACAGGAUUCAACGGUGGAAAUUGGAAUACGUUGGAAGUAGACCUAAGGAAUCACGUGCAUUCGGCUGGUUACGAUACUAUAAUUUACACUGGCACACUGGGCGUCACGCAACUCUUCAAUCAGUACGGUGCGAGGAUUGAUAUCUACCUAGACACGGACGAGAACAACAAUCCAGUGAUCCCAGUACCUCAAUAUUAUUAUAAAGUUGUUUACGAGCCUUGUACCCAACGUGGCAUUGCUUAUGUAGGGAUAAAUAAUCCGUACUACACUCCCGAUGAGGCAAGAGAGUUGUUCUUCUGCGAAGAUAUUUGUAGGACGUUGAGGAGUAACUUCUCAUGGUUGACGUGGCAUCCAGAUAACCCCAGUGAAGGAUAUACCUUCUGCUGCUCUGUACCUGAUUUCAAAAAUACCGUCAAUCAUUUGCCAUCUUUCGAAAUAUUGUGUAUUGCAGUAAUAAUAAUAAAAUAUAUUGAGGCGGGAGUGAUAACGGGUGCAUCAGAAAUAUGGAACAAUAAUAAUAUUGACUCAUCGGGUACAUAUCCUGCAAGCAAUGCACUCCUUGAGGAAUAUAAGUUGAAGAAAUCAAUGACACCAACAAAAUUUUGGAUGUCUAAAAAUAUACCGCUGUUCAAAAAAAUACCUAAAGACUUCGCGAAAUCUGUUAACGCGCGAUAUCCGGACACAUUUUACAAAGAACUUUACGGCAUAAAAAAAUUAGAAGAAAAAGUAAAGAUUCGUUUACAUAAUAUGAUGAAAAGUAAUGCUAAAUCAGAAAUUAAUGAUGCAUCUCUGUUAUCGGAUUCUGUUGAACAAGUAAAUAAGGAUAUUGACAUGCAAAAUAACGAAGAUGCUGUUGAAAUUUCUUUAUCACAGGAUGAUACUACUGAAGAUACAUUAUCGAACAUAGAUCAAGAGAUGGAAGAUGAAAGUAAGAGGCUCAUAACAGAUUUUGUUCGAUCUCGUACUGUGAUACCCACUAAAUCUGACUGUCACAGUGAGUCUUCGGAGGAGAAGAAGGAUUUGGACGAGUUUAUUUUCAUGUUGAACGAGCAGGGUCCAUGGGAAGACGUGGUGGAUGAUGUCGAAAUGACUACCCAGGUUUUCAUAGAAAAACCAAGGUCUAAAAGAAGAGUGAAUAUGAUAGAGGAAGAGAACAUGGGGUCUACCGUGUCCGGAUUCAAGUUCACCGGCCACGACAUGAGGCUCAGCAACGAUUUGUAUUAUAAGAAUAUUAACUCUUAGUUCAUCGUGUUUAUUUUGUCAAUAAAACGUUAAUUAAUUUUAGUGUAGCGAUAAUUAUUAGCUAUUGUAAUGUAAUUGGAAUAAGUUUGUGGUUGACACUUUUUUGUCUGAUAAUAUACACGGUUUAAUGCUACUUGACUUAAUAAGAAGAAAAAAGUGCUGAUUUUAAAUAUGUAUGAAAUUUGUAUUUUGUUGUUUAAAUAUGUAUGCGGCGAUAGCCUAGUUGGUUGUAGAACG